GAGAGGUUACCUACCGAGCAUUGAGAGAGGUUGGGUCGUGUGGCGGGAAAGAAACGGGAUCCAGUACAGCUUCUCUUAGUAGUUCUUUAGUAAUAUAUUGGGCCAUGCAAUAAUACAUGCGAUGAUCUAUAAAUGCAAUAUAUACUCUCGCAUCCAAUUUACAAGAGUAAGAGACGAAAAGAAAUAGCGGCUCUCUCCUUAAAGAUGAUUGAAAAUUAUUCCGCAUGGCUGCUCUUGAUUGGGGCUUUCACCUGGUUGCUCCUACGUUUUGUGUGAGUUGCUAGCUGAUUAGAUCAGAGAGAGCGAGAUUCAGAACUCUGUUAACCUGGCUGUUUUCUUUUUUUCCUCUGAAGUUUUAGAGCGACUGCGGCACCCGGGGCAUGGAAAGUCGUGAACAGUCGCUUGGAUCGCGCUUUUGAUCCUCUUGAUGAGGCACUGGACGCCAUGCACAACUUUUCAGUUGCUGCCCGAGCUUCCACAGCCGGGGCUUCUUCUCUAAGGGAAACCUUUAGGCUCAAUAACCCUUUCACAAACGGGUCGGAAGACUUGCGCAAGGCGUACAGACAAGCUCUCAUAAAGGCCUUUGCCAAAACGAACGGCGAUGCCUGGGAUGCCAUUGCACGCUCCGUAUCCGCCUCAGUCCAGAAUCUAAUUUUGUCUGAAAACGUUCCAGAUGGAAGUACCAUCCUAAGGGCCAAUGUUAUGGAAAUCAGCCGCAGUGCGACACUGGUGGCCGUACUCAAAGCACUUUUCGACAUUGAUCAUAUCCCAAGAAGCACGCUUGCGUAUAUCUGUUCCGAAAUCCAUCGGCUCACCGUAUGGAAAAAGAACAUGAAUGCUGCCUCAUCUAAACUGGGCGCAGCUCCCGAGGCCUUUGUACAGAACAUGAACCGCCUGAUAAGCUGCCUCUGUGGCGUCUUCUCAGAGGCCAAAGAGAAAAACGGCCUGGCGCAACUGCUACUCUGCACCGUAUCUGGGACUCCUGAGACGUUCAAUCCCCUCGACCUGGUUAUGCCCGCCUUCGAGGUGCCCUGGCGAGCCGUCUUUUACACGUUGCUGGCCGUGCUGCAGGACCGUCCAUCAAGAGUCGAUGAGCUGCUAUCUCUUCGCGACUGCUCAGCACGUCAACGACCCUCACCGCAGGCCAAGGCAGUUGUGUUUGAGUCUCUGCGCCUCUAUCCGCCUAUUCGAAGGAUGCGGGUGAGCCGAAAGGCCAACGCCCAGCGAACAUUCAACACCGGGGGAACCUCCGACGUUGACCGAACUAUUGACGCCGAAGCCAUCCUUCGAGACUCGAAGUACUGGGGCCCGGCUGCUGCUGAAUGGAAGCCGUCUCGAUUCUUACACUCAGAUGGAGACCUUGACAGCUCGGUCCUCAGUCAAAGCAAUGGGUGGAUACCAUUUGCCGCUGGAGGGAUGAAGUGUCCAGCUUCUGGGGGUUUCUCGGUCCGUCUGACCAUAGUCGUCGCUGGAGAGGUGCUGAGACAGCUUUUCCCGCGCCAUGACCAGCUGCAGUGGCAUUUAGAAGGCCCACAGUGGGAUUUGUCUUCCGCAGAAGGCCACCUUCUUCGGGCUGGAAGAGACGAGUAUACACAUGUUGACAUAGUUGCGAGAAGCAACAGGCUGCAGGCAGCAGACGUGUAGGCACUGACUAGCCUUAACUAGUUUUUUUAUUCAUAAUAUUUGGUUGAACGUUCCACUGCGAAAGAUAAUCAGUAGAUACUUAGAGCAGAAUCGCUCCAGCACACUCAGAUGCAUAGCCGCCGUUACCUUGUGAGUCCGCCUAUAAUCGAUCUAGAGGCGAUUUGCAUCACUGCUGCCGAUAUGUAUCAGAAAGUCCUGGAAAGUUCGACGCAGGAAAUUUUGCUCAGAUAAGUAUGGGACACUUAUGAUUGGCUGAAUGGAGCGUAUCUACUUUGGUUUGUUGAGGGUUUCUUGUAUUCAAACUGGGGAAGGUGUUGAUAAUGGACUUGGAAGACCGAUUUGAGGGCAAGAUGGCAUAUACACAGCAUCUAGUAAUACAUCACGGUACCUAAA